AAGGGGGCGGGAGGGGUGAGGAGGAAAAAACGAGGAAACAUGUGCCCGACGUGAUACGAAGGCCCACGGGUAAAUCCUAUCGCCAAGUGUGUAAACGGUCGCCGACGGUCACCGCGCACGGGACGGACGGGCCCACGGCGGAAAUGUCUACGUUGAUAGGAUCGGAGUUUCAUGGGACUUACAGCGCCCAGCCAGGGAGCCAGGUGGGCGGAAGCGCCGCGAGUAAUGUAGGAGUACCCACGGGUAGAGGGCCUCCGCCGCUCGGCGGCAUACAGACGAUAGGGCAAUCUGCAGCGGGUAUACCACCAGGAGGUCCCGCCGGAGCGCAAGCGGGCCCGUCGCAGGCCCCGACACCGGGAGUGCAAUCGCAACCGCCGCAAGGUCCAGCGCCUACUACGACACCACCUGUGCACACACCGUCGCCUCAGGAAAUGGGAAAGCAGGCCCACUUGCAGACGCAGCCGCCGUCUCUACCACCAGUUUACGUACCAACGCAAAAUAGACCGGGUCAGAACACCUUUUAUGGCCCAACGCCAAGACCGCAACAACCGCGAAGUAUCAGUCACAGAAGUGGCCAAGGGGCGACUGGACACACUGUAGUUGGGAUGCCUGGGGGCGUGGGUGGAAGCGGUGGGCAACCGCCCCUGUAUCCUGCAGGUUUGACGGCGGCCAGUUUACAGAAUGUGUAUCUCACAAGUCAAAGUCAAGUCCAUGGUCUUCCGCCUCAGCAGUCAGCGGUGUAUCCAAUGAAUACGAAUCAACUUCCUAUUCAGUUCUCUGGUCCACCUCAAAGGCACCAGCCGCAUCAAAAUCAAUACCAUUUUCCACAGCAACAUCAUUACCCUCAAAUAAUAACGCCAAAUGUGUUCCAAUAUCAUCACGCGGCCGCGCCUCAGACUGGCGCGUAUUAUUACACAUCGUCAAACAUGAGUUUGACGCGGGCUAGCUCAAAUACGAUCAGUGGUGGGGCUCAACACGUCGCAGGCCCGCUGGCCGCGACUCAAGGUGCUCCGGUUGUACCACAAGGUUCACUGCAGCAGCCGGCCCAGCAAGCGCAGCCUCUGCCCCCGAUGGGUAUACCUCUGUCACAGACUGACGUAUACUCGGGACACAAUGGUGGUGCGACGAAUACGAACAGUACCACCAGGUCUCGAAAACCUAGAGGACAGAACGCCAUUUUGGAUAUAGUAAACCCGGCGACGGGUAAAAAUAUAUCCGAUGAGAUAUACAAGGAUAACGAAACUACGCAGAGUGGUGAAUCCAGUAAUCGCGAGACGCCACAACCACAGAAUAAUGGUGCAGAGGUGAUAGCCGAUUUCGCGGCUCGCGUCGCAAAGGCCGCGACCGAGGGGUCCGACACGGUAUCGACGAGCGCGUCCGAAACGGCGCCUAACCCAAUACAAACAACGGCGCAAACGUCAAAUAUUCAAAACAAUUCUAAUGACGCGAAUAGUCAGUGUAGCAGUAGUCCGCCUGUGACGAAAAAUAUAGCCGGCGCUGGCGCUGGCAAAACGGUACCUACGAUAAGUAGUCAAUCGUUAGGUGCUUGUAGUAACGCGACGCAAAUCGACUCGAGCGCGCCGAAAACGGAGUCGAAAGCGUUGCAGCUCCCCGUGAAGGAGUUUCAGCCGAGGAGUGAAAUUAAGAGCGUGACGAUCGAGGAAUCGUCACCCGUUGUUGUACCCUCGGUGGUACCCGUCGCGAAUAAAGAUACUGUUUCCGUACAGUUCGCCGCGCCGACUGCUAACACUGAAACGGCGGCUGUGACGGCGACGGUGACGGCCGAGAUCGAGUCGUCCGAGGCUGCCGUCGGGACCGCCGGCGCCGUGGCUGCAAUCGAUGUCCCGAAACAACCGUCCGCCACUGCCUCGAGCGCCAAUCCCGUUCCUACUAGGGAGCCGUUCCCUAAUCUCGCGUCGAAAACUUCGUCGAACUCGCCGCCGAGGAGGAAACCCAUCGCUACCGAGCUGCCUUCGAAUACCAAAGAAAAGGAGAGGAAGACCCGGGAGAAGAGCCUCGGCUCUCGCGGCGCCACUCCCACGCCCGUGCACAAUCAGACGGCGGAUCAUCAUCAUCAGAAGACGAACGGCGACGCGGCCGGCGAGAAAACGGAAGCGGAGGUGGUGCAUCCUAGGAACGAGAUACAGCAGAAACCGUCAGACGGUAAAGCUAUGCAGAAGCAGAAAAGCAAAAAUAAAUUGAAACCCCGCGAUCUGAAUCGCAAGGGCGCAGAGAAGGAAGGCACGGACAUGGAUGCUUUUGUAAAUACCGUAUCAGCGGCGAAAACAGCGGAGAUCAAGCAAGACAACAAGGAGCAGCACGCUCCCGCCCCGAAAGACAGUAACAAGGAACCCAAUAGAGAAACUAGCAAGGAUAUCAAGGAGAAGGACAAUUACGAGUCGAAGAAGGAGAAGGAGAUUCUGCCGGUUCACCGGGAAGCGAAAACCGAGAAGCACGUGACCACCGAGGUGUUGUCUAAGGACGGCGCUCCCGCGGCGCAACAGGCGUCCCACGUCACGGCGGACAAGCCGCCGGCCAGCAAGGAAUCCUCGAUAAAGUCCGAGGACGGCGCGUUUAAUGCGCUUCUUCCCGCGACAUCCCCCAACGACGUCGUCGAUCACGCGAUAGUCAACGAGGAGAUGCACCUGGAGGCGAUGGUCGCGCAGAAAAAUGAGGAGAACUUCAAGGUGUCGGCGCUCCACGCGUCCAACGACGAGAAAGCGACGACGGUCACGCCGGUGAUCACGGAGAAGAAGCAGCAGCAGCAGGAGGUCGAGGAUUCCAGCGGCACCGGCAACGUCCCGGCCGAAAUCGCCGCACCUAGCGUUAAUAAGACCCCGUUACUCAAGUACUUGUACAAAGAGGGUCAGUGGAGUCCGGUCAACAUGAGCGGUAGGAAGUCCUACGACCGGGACUUCCUGUUGCGUUUGCAGUUCGAUCCCAACAGCAAACUGAAGCCAGCUAAUCUACCAAAUUUACAAGCUGUUUUGAAAGAUAGCUUGCAGAAUACGCAUAAUACUAUGGACCUGAGGGCUUUCAAGGACGCAAAUAUUACCAGGCACGAUUCGUUAAUGCCAGGAUUUGCGAAGACGAAUAUGAGCACACGUCCGCCACCAACAAGUCGUAAGAGCGAUCGGGGCAAACCAAAACCGAAUAAGCCAAAUGUUAUUCACGUUUCGCUGUCGUUAAGGGAAGACGUGAAACUGAGGGAAACGGAGAAUGCAUGGAAACCGACGAGGUUGAAGGCGACCAACACCACUGAGGAAGACGAGAAAACGAUGGCCCUCUAUAAGAGAGUACGAAGUGUAUUGAACAAACUCACUCCGCAAAAGUUCAACACGUUAGUCGAGCAGGUUCGACAUUUGCCGAUCGAUACGCAAGAGCGUCUGCAAGGAGUCAUCGAUCUGGUCUUUGAGAAGGCCGUCGACGAGCCCAGCUUCUCCGUCGAGUACGCGUUGCUGUGCAAAGAACUGGCCAUGAUGGAAGUCGCCGGCCCCGAUACUCAAGACAGUAGUUCCGUUAGCUUCAAGAAGCUUAUUAUCACGCGUUGCCAAAAAGAAUUCGAAAGGACUCCAGAUGAUGAAGAAAGGAACGUAACGAUAAAACAAAUUGAGGAGUGUAACGAUCCGGAGAAAAAGAAAGAGCUUCUGUUGGGACUCGAAGAAAAGGAGCGUAGGGUACGAGUUAAAUCUGUAGGAAAUAUUAGAUUUAUCGGUGAGCUGUACAAACAGCAGAUCUUGACGACGAAAAUCAUGCACCGAUGUAUUCGUCAUUUACUAGAACAGAACGACGAAGAUAAUUUGGAAUGUCUAUGCAAAUUGUUAACGACGAUUGGCAAGGAUUUGGAAUUGAAAGGAGGACCUGCUGAGGAGAUGCAAGAAUACUUUAGUAGAAUGCAAGAGAUUGUUGUUCGAAAAGGCCAGAGCAAAAUUAGUUCUAGAAUUCGAUUUAUGCUUCAAGAUGUUAUCGAUUUGAGGGCAAAUAAAUGGAUUCCGAGGAGAAAUGAGAAUAAUCCUAAAACGAUAGACCAGAUACAAAAGGAAGCGGAAUCUGAAAGACUGGUAGAAACUCCAUUGAGUACUGCGCGAAAAGACGAUCGUAAUAACGAUAGAAAAAGAAAUCGUGGACUAGGAGGUCCUACUGACGAUGGUUGGAGUCAACCAGUAGGAAGAGUGAGACCUGCGGCGUAUUCGGUAGAAACAGCAAAAUUGAAGAAUAAACCGCCACCCAUGGACGACAUGCAACUCGGCAACAGGGCGUCCUAUUUAUGGAGGGCUGCUCCUCCCGCCAGCAACUCUAAGACGAUAAGUUCCAACAAAUUUGCGUGCUUAGAGAAUAUGUCCAACUUAGAUCAGGACAAGAGGAUGCCGCCCUUACCGCUCUCUGGAUCGCGAUCAACUGGUCCAAGAGAGUGCAGUCGAGAUUACAAGUCGUAUGACGGCAGAAGUUCCCGUAACGGCACUCACCAGUCGGGCAGUGCAUCGAGGGAGAGUCACUCAUUAUUGGACUCUCAACGAAGUACCUCGAUGCUUCAACCUGUAAUGAAGUCGGCCUCUCAAUCUGGGGCUAUAAGUCACAAGGCUCCGAUGUCGGAGCAAGAAUUCACGAAGGCGUACAACUCCAUAUUGAAACAUUAUCUGGAGGAGCCGAUUGUUGAAAAUACGGGAAUGGAAAUUCAACAGAAGUUUGACAAUGCCACAUUCGCGAAACUAACUCGCGAAUGUAUACAUCACGUUCUUGAGAAAUCUUUCUUAGAACGUGACUUAAUAUCGAAGUUAUUGUCACAUUUGUUGAGGAAAAAUAUUCUACCUGUGGAAUGUUUCAAGAAUGGAUUGGGAGAAGUUCUUGAAAUCGUUGAUGAUUUGGUUAUUGAUAUACCAAAAAUUUGGACUUAUCUAGCCGAAAUACUGUCACAUUCGAUAGAGGACGGAGCUAUCCCUCUAUCUGAAUUCAAGAGUAUAUGUAUAAGGUUGAGAAGGCAAGGCUUCAUAGGAAAAUUCCUUGGAGAACUUCUGACAAAAGUAUCUCGUAACAAAGGGCCUAAAUGGCUUGCCGAUAAAUGGGACCAAAGUGGACUUCAACUGAGUAACUUGAUCGAUCCGGAACGAGAAAAUGCCGAUAUAAUAAUUAAAGAUUAUAAUUUGGAGUUUCUAACUGGUGAUUAUAAUAGUGCCAAAGACUCCACUGCUACCGAGCAACUCCCAUUAGAGAAAAUUCAAGAAAAUCUUACAAGGCUCAUGAAGGAAAAUACUUCUUUCGACGAAAUUUGUAGUUGGAUAACUGCAAAUAUUGGUAGUAGAGAGAAGGAUCCCAAGUUUAUAAGACAUUUAAUGACUGCCAUCUUAGAAACUACUUUAGAACGACAUCACGGCACUUGGAAGCUAAACCUAGAUACUUUUGCGAGUUUGCAAACGUUGAUUCAACGGUUUGUCGACGCGAACGAAUUAUUGGAAUUACAAUGCCUUUAUGCAAUUCAAAGAUACAUUAAGAAGAUCGAGUUUCCACCGGGUACCCUCGUUCCCAUUAUGAAUCGAUUGUGGAUGGAUAAUGUGAUAUCAAGCGACGCGUUCCUGACGUGGAAAAUGAAAGUGCCGGAAGGAGCGGAUGUCGAGGGCCAUAGCGUCUCAAUCGUCGCGCUCACGUCAUUUUUCACCGAUCUGCAAGAGCCGGACGAUAAUUCCAGUGUCGAAGAGUUAUCAACUAGUGCGAACCAGGGCUGUUGACGAUACUGUGAUCGAUUGCAUUAUCGUCUAUUAAAGAGACUCAAAUACGCGUUUCCCCGUUGAAAGGAAAAUACAACGCCCGAAAUCAAAUUGCAGUUGUGUUUUUUUUUCGUAAAACAAUGCGAACGCAGGAACGCUCCCAAGUAUUGAAGGAAGGAAUGGUAUGGUAAAUAACAAUGAAGUGACACGUAAAUGUAUGUAAUAUAAUCUAUAACUCCAACGACUCUCUACCAAUGAGUAAGGAGAAGUGAGAGUGCUGACUAAAUAAACACGACAGCUGUAUUUGAAAUACAGUAUACAUAAUGAAGAUAAAGUUUAACUAUUAAUUAUUACAGAACUAUGCAAAAUAAUUAUUAUAUAUAAUUCAAUAAAAUGGUUCAAAGUUUAAAUAAAGCAAAAAAAAAAGGCUCGAAAAAAUAAUUACCGUGUUUCUUAUGUAAAAUGUCUUUGCAGCGCGCGGUAGGUCGAUCGCUCAAUAGAAACCGGAAAAUAAUGCGUCUUUUUUCCAUUGCUUGGAAUCGGGGAAGACUCAACGUUACUUCCAAUUAUAUUAAACGCUAAUAUCACGGAUCACAAACCGAAGUGCUUGUUACACGAUUUAGAUAAACAAAUUGCAGAUCGGAAAUAUGCAAUCUGAGGAGUAGGUCAAUUUCGCGUGGAAUAAAAAGGAAUUCGGAAAAGGUAAAGGAAAAUGAUUGGGAAAAACAGCUACCGAGAUAAAACCAAGUCUGAUAGUACUGACAGCGAUAUGGUUCUUCCUAUUAUUGUAACGGAAUACGGUAUAAUAUAAACAGAAUUACUAAUUUAUAUCUUUGCAAAUAAGAACUUAUAAUGUAUUAUAUUAUAAGAAAAGGACAUUCACAUUGAAACACGAGACGAGAUGUGGGAUAGAGCGAAAGCGAAGGAAUAUAUAUUGCGGAGUUAGGAUCUGUAAUCUAGAACACGUUGAAGUUAGAAAAAAAAA